UUUGUGUAUAAAUCAGCUUGGUGUAGCAGAAUAUUAAAUGUAUUAAAUGAUUUAAAUAUUAAACAUGGUAAAACUAAACCUAGUUUAGAACAUGUUGCCAUGUUUAAUUAACGACAAAAGACUUGGUCUUAGUCAUUACGCACACCAAGCUCCCGUAAACGUUGGUAAUAGUGGUAGUGAACUAUCCUCAUUAAAGACAACUAGUUAUGAUACGUUUUCUGGAAGUACAACUAAACAGUCAAAGUUGCUUCCAGAUGAUAAAGAAAAAGUCAAACACAUGUUCAACAAUUUAAAUGAGAUCAAGAUGUGGAAGUUAUCUACCGGCACUAUUGUAGAAAAAAAAAUGAAAGAAUUUGCUCUUAACUGUAUCUAUGAACAGUAAAUACUGUACAAUAUUUCUAAAGAUACAUACUAGUGAGUAUUUUUUUUUCUAGUUUGGUUCACUCAAUGAUAUUAGACUUGAGUGAUAUCAACUGGAAAAAGUACUUGACCAAUGAAGAGAUUGAUGAAAUUGAAAAUUAUAAGAUAAAACAACUAGUUGAAUUAUCUUCUAAUGUUAAUGAGUAUAUUGAAUCUUUGCAAAACUCUACUGAUGUUGUCUCAUUAAAAAGACAAUUCACUCAAGAAUUGGAAUAUCCUGCUUCUGACUGGAUACGAAAUACUCUUUUAGGCGAAAAUUUAUGGUAUUUAUUAGUUAAACAUUAUUGCUAACUAAGGGGAACUAAAAAUAUAUUCAAGGAAACAAAUCAAUUAAGACGAGAGGGUGGGACUAAAA